AUGCAGAGAAGCGGAGAUGCAGUAGGCUGCGACCACAGCUACCCGAGCCUGGCUCGAAAGAGGCAGCCGCGCGAGGAGGAGGAGGAGGACGAGGAGGAGGGGAGGAGGAGGGAGAGGCGGAGGAGGGAGCGAGAAAGACAUCGGAAGCGGCGCUCGAGCCAACCUACGAUAGGCGAGCCGUGGCGCGCGUCCGGGGGCCAGGAAAACAGCAAAGAUGCAGAAUUCGGUAUCCCUUAUUACGCAGAAGCCAUCAAAUGUGUUAAUCAUGUUUUCCUCGAGCAGCGAAUACGUACCCGCAUCGAAGAUGCCAUCACGGCGGCGUUCACAAAACAACCAUGCAAGUGGUGA